CAGGUACCCAAAAGUGCAGGCUAAAAUGCAAGAAGAGGUGGAUAGGAUUGUUGGAAGAGACCGUCUGCCGUGUGUUGAAGAUCAGCCUCACCUGCCCUACAUCAUGGCUUUCCUGUACGAAUCCAUGCGUUUCAGCAGCUUUGUGCCUGUGACCAUCCCACACGCCACCACAACCAACACCUUCAUCAUGGGCUACCUCAUUCCCAAGGACACUGUCAUCUUUGUCAAUCAGUGGUCAGUGAAUCACGACCCAGCAAAAUGGUCCAACCCCGAGGACUUUGACCCAACAAGAUUCCUGGAUGAGAAUGGGUUCAUCAAUAAAGAUCUUACGAGCAGCGUGAUGAUUUUCUCACUGGGGAAGCGCCGGUGUAUUGGAGAGGAGUUAUCCAAGGUGCAGCUCUUUCUCUUUACCUCCAUACUGGUGCAUCAGUGCAAUUUCACUGCUAACCCAAACGAGGACCCUAAAAUGGACUUUACCUACGGACUGACCAUUAAACCUAAGCCAUUCACCUUGAAUGUUACGCUCCGAGAUACGAUGGAUUUGCUCGAUCAGGCUGUCCAAAGACUGCAAGCAGAGAAAGCGGCCAGUGAAAGUCAGCUGUCAGCAAAUGCCUAAGCAAUAAACCUUGCAUCUACAGAUAAUCCCCCUCUCUCUUUUUAGACUCACAUAACUCAUAUCUUGUUCUGGUGAUAUUUUUGGUACAUAGCCAAUACUACACAUUAUAAAAGCAGGAAGAAAAGUUGCACAAGGUAUAAUUCAAGUCAUCUUUUUAAUUCUAGAAGGAGAGCCAGGGGAACAAUAUAUUAAAUGAUAAAACAUAUGCAAUUUGAAAGUAAGCCUUUUCUUUUCUAGCUUGUUCACAGAAGUGCUUUUUAUCUACUGACUGGUUGGAGCAUCUCCAGGAACUGUCUCCAUAAUCCUUUCCAUGUCUCCAUGCACUGUGUCUUAACUCUAAGCUUGCCUUCAGUGACUCCACAUUCAGCAGUGAAAUCUCUUAAUAAAAAACAAACAAAAGCAGUUGCUCAGAACACUGCAGCCUGCUCCUGAAUUUACUCUGCUGGAAACUGCCAUAGGCUCAUGGCAGCUCUGGUGUUCUGGCUGCUGGGAUGUAUGUUAAUGCCUCAAUGAUAUAUGUUCACAUGAUUUUUGGUAAAAUGGCAAUGUGAAGUCUUGCCUUCAGCAUUCCAGAAUGUUUACAUAAAUGCCUAAAACAAUAAAAGUCUUGCUUGUAAGCAUGUUUGAAACUAAAAUUCAUGUCUUAUAUGAAAAUUAGCAGAAUGUCCUAAUAUAGUAACUUUCCAUAAAGUUUUGAAAGAUCAGAAUUUCUGUCACUAGAUGGCAAGGGUGAUACAAAUCAUAUGCUAAUCUCUUCAUUAGCAUGUUUAUGAACAAAGUAAGUAUUUGAAUUCAAUUUCUAAAGGUACAGCUGAACUUUUUGUUUCUUUAGGAAGGAGUUAAUAUGGUUGUCCCUAAGAACAUAGGUAAGUCUAGUAAAAUCAAGGUAGGUAGAAAUGAGAUUGGGGGGGUUAUAUUAAAAUGUUAAUGCCACAAGCCUCAAGUAAAGCACAGAGCAAAUAAUACCUCUACUCACUCACUAGUCAUUCUGUUAGGUUAACUUAAAUAGUAUAUCUGAAAAUCAGCUCUGUACUUUUAGUACAAUUUGUUUGGAACAAAGUCUCAGAAGGAAAAUUAACAUUACAUGUCCUAAUUAAAGUACCCAUUAACUGAACAAUAAGUACUUUUACAAUAUUUGUGAGGCAAAGUUCAUAAGGUUUUUUUUUUUAAAUACCUCUUAUUUUAAAAUAAAACACACAUGAAACUUUAUGACGUUGAACCUCCAGCUAAUGUUUGUUUCACAAAGCUGCAUAUUUCUCUAGAAAGCAAAGUCUUACAUAAAGUAGGGAAAAGAUUGGAAAAAUGUUGGGCACUUCUUUGGAGCUGCAGAACACCUUCAAUUCCGUAUGAAAUCCAUCAGACAUGACAGUUCCUCACAUGACUUGCUGUGCUCAGCCGAGUACCAGCUAAGGUAUUAGCAGAGCCAGCAAAACAAGGUUACAGUGCUGCACAGUGAAGGAGCUCUGCUGAGACCCAAGCAAGCAAGGAUUUGCACUGGCACUUCUGAUUGCUGGCAGCAGGGACAGAGCCCCUACAGGCACUGGGAAGAGCUGCCUUAACAACAAAAUCCCAACCUAAAGUACAAGUUUGCUACUGAUUUAAAAAGCCUGAACCAAGCCUGCAAGCACUGCUCUAUAACCCCACACAGUAAUAAUGUACCUACUUACAUUCUCUGGCUUCAUAUGGCAUCUGCCAUCUGUUUUAGGGUUAAAAAAAGCUUUCUGCUACUUACACGUGGAGUAACCUCAGGUGUUUUUCUGAAUUAUGUACAAGUUUGUGAUAUCCCAGAACUUAGCCUGUAUCUGUGAAAAGCUUUAUAAGAUACCCAGCAUUUUCAUAUGGAGAUCUACAUUAGAUCAAAUGCUAGUAAGACAAUUUUUUCUUGUACCUUUGUAAGUGCUAUUAUUAAAAGAAAUAAAGUAUGUAACCUACAGCUGAAUAGCUAUUCUAAUGCAAGGAUCAUCAAUUCAUAUUUUAAUAAAAAAAGUCUUUUGCAA